AUGACAACAGCACUGCCUAUUGACGCUAACUUGAAUGGUUUGGAGCAAUACGAAAAACGUCCUCGCUCUUUAGAAAUCAUUAGCUAUAGAAGUGCUGAGAAUGAUGACAGAUUAGAUCAAGAAUAUGAAAUUUACAACAAUAUUGUUGAUUACUACGAAAACCUCGUGGACACUGCUUUAAGCAUUGAGAGCGAAGAUUUAUUAUUAAACCUGAUCCAUGCUCCUAAAAGUUCUGUCAACACUUUGUUAGCCAGCCAAGCGGAGCAUCUGGGAAUUCAAUCUUUAUCAGAUAAGCAAUUGAUCAAAAUGCCCGCUAUCAUUGGCAAACAUAUUCAAAAGAUGAAUGCUCAAGUCUACAGCGCUGUUGAACCCUCUAUCACAUUGGUUUGGAACUCCAUUUGGGACCCCAGAAUACUCGACGGUGAUCAUGAUGGACGAACCUUGAACUUCUUGUCCUCCUUCAACGGUGUCGUCGCCAAGAACUUGAUUGAACAAAUUGAUAAAUAUCAACUUGCCGAAAAAGUGAAGUCUGAUUUGGCCGCUGCUGACAAUGAUGCUUCCUGGGCUGCUCGUGCCAAGAGACAUUUAUUGAGUUUUAUAUCAUCGCCAUCACAUUCCUCAGAUAGAGUCAUGACUAAGGCCCAAGAUAUGGAUGCUGAUGCUUUCGUUCCUGAAUUAUCCCAAGAUUUUUUGAGCGAGCAUAUUUCCACAAUCCGUACAAGUUUAUUGAAGCAAAUGCAAAGCAAUUUCAUGAAGUUCUACAAACGCGUUCAGUCAGAUAUUGUUGACCAAUCAUCGUAA